GCACCAUGGGAGAGUCUAGCGAAGACUGCGGCGGAUCUCUUUGAAGACGGCUCCGAGUUCUUUGUGGACACCUUGAAGUUCGCAUUUCAAGGGGAAGAUUUGCUCGUGGCCGAUGCCGUGCAGAACCGGUCGGAUCCUUCCGGUGUGUUCGGCGGCGUGGAGGGCGAGUCUCUCGACGCUCUUCAAGAGGCGGUGAGCACCCAAGCUGAGUCCCUGAGCCAGUUCAUGGCUCAG